AUGAAAAAGCUGGAUUUGAGUGGGAAUGACCCCGGAGACAAAGGAGUUGAGCUGAUUACUUCUGUAUUCAUGAAUUCAAAGAAAACUCUGAGGCUGCUGAAAAGUGAUGCUGCAGAGGAAGCCUGCACUCGUCUUAAACAAAUUCUGAAAAGAAACCCUUUACUGCAGAGGGAGCUUGAUCUGAGCAACAUUGAACCAGAAAAGAUCUCAGUUAAUCAGCUGUCUGCUCUACUGGAGGAUCCUCACUGCAGACUGCAGAAACUCAUGAUAUAUAAAAGAAGUAUUACAGAGAGAGAUUGUGCUGAAUUGAUUUCUGCUCUGCUCGUAAAUCCUUCACACCUGAGAGUUCUGGAUCUGAACAAGAAUAAGAUAGACGGAUCAGGACUGCAAAAGCUCUCUGAUCUACUGAAGAAUCCUCACUCUAGACUGGAGAAACUGAAUCUCAGUAGUUGCUGCAUCUCAGAGGAAGGAUAUGCUACUCUGGCUUCAGCUCUGCAAUCGAACUCUGCAUCAAACCUUGUAGAGCUGGAUCUCAGAGACAAUGAUCCUGGAGACACAGGAGUGAAGCUGCUAACUGAUUUACUAAAUAAUCCACACAGAAAAUUGAAGACAAUUAGGCUGCUGAACAGCUCUGCUGCAGAGGAUUUCUGUGCUUUUCUGACUGAAGUUCUAGGAACAAACCCUUUACUGCUGACAGAACUGGAUCUGAGUGAGAAAAUAACAGGAGACUCAGCAGUGCAGCAGCUCUCUGCUCUACUGAAGGAUUUACACUGCAGAACUAAGAUACUGAAGUUAAAUAACUGCAGUAUUACAGAGCGAGACUGUGCUGCUCUAUCAGCAGCUCUGUGUUCUAAUCCUUCACACCUGAUAGUGCUGGAUCUGAGUGGGAAUAAACUAGGGGACUCUGGAGUGAAAGAGAUAUCUAAUCUGCUAAAGAACUCAAACAGCAAACUGAAGUUGCUGAAUCUCUCAGACUGCAGUGUAUUGGAAAAAGGCUAUGCUUCUCUGGCUUCAGCUUUAAAAUCAAACACCUCAUCACAUCUGAUAGAGCUGGAUCUCAGAGGAAAUAACCCCGGAAACAAAAAUGUGAUGAAUCUUUAUUAUUUACUACAGGAUCCAAACUAUAAACUGAAGACACUGAGGCUGUUGAAGACUCCUGCUGCAGAUGAAGCCUGGGCUUCUCUUUCUGCAGAUCUGGGAGUGAAUGUCUUACUGCAGACAGAGCUGAACCUAAACAGGAAUCCAGCAGGACUUUCAGGAGAUUCCAGAGUGAAACGACUGUGUGAUUUACUACAGGACUCACACUGUAAACUGAGAAGACUCCAAAUCAAUAAUGAUGAUCUAACAGAAGAAAGCUGUUCAGCUUUAGCCACAGUUCUCCCCUCAUCCAGUCUGAGAGAACUGGACCUGAGUAACAACAACCUGCAGAAUUCAGGAGUGAAAAAGCUCUGUGAAGCACUGAAGAAUCCUCUUUGUAAUCUGGAAACACUGAGUCUUUCAUUCUGCAGUGUAACAGAGGAAGGAUAUGCUGCUCUGACUUCAACUCUAAAAUCAAACCUCAAAUCACAUCUGAAAAAGCUGGAUUUGAGUGGGAAUGACCCCGGAGACAAAGGAGUUGAACUGAUUACUUCUGUAUUUAUGAAUUCAAAGAAAACUCUGAGGCUGCUGAAAAGUGAUGCUGCAGAGGAAGCCUGCACUGUCCUUGAACAUAUUCUGAAAAAAAAAACUUUACUGCAGAGGGAGCUUGAUCUGAGCAAAAUUAACCCAAAAAAGAUCUCAGUUAAUCAGCUGUCUGCUCUACUGGAGGAUCCUCACUGCAGACUGCAGAGACUCACACUGUAUGAAGUUGGCAGUAUUACAGAGAAGGAUUGUGCUGGUCUGAUUUCUGCUCUGAUUAUAAACCCCUCACACCUGAGAGAGCUGGAUCUGAAUGAGAAUAAACUACAUCAGUCAGCACUGAAAAAGCUCUGUGAUCUACUAAAGAAUCCUUGCUGUAAAGUGGAGAAACUGAGGUAA